UAUGUCUGAAAGAGCUGCGGAUCAAAACACCUAUGGCAUUCUGGCACUGUUCUUUGUUUUUCUUUCGCGUCAUCGAGUCGAUUGUCCAUCGAAUGCUUUGCCUGUGAUCCUCUUCUUUGGUGUUUAAAGGGCCAUGGGCACUUUGAAGGCAACUGUCGCCGUGGCCGUCAUGGCCGCCAUGGCCGCCGCGGAGGAGGAGGGUGACCCGGAGGUGGUUGGUUUAAACCUGGGCAUUGCGGUGAUGCUUUUGGGAAGCGUGGCCUUUAUGAUGGCUACCUUCUACAUGGUGAACCACUCCGACAAGGAGAUGAGGAUUAUCACAUGGAAGGUCAUUUGCGCUACUAUUUCCAUCUUCGUGUCGGUCCUCAUCUACCAGGCUUUCAACGACGCCAUCCAUGCCUUGUUUCUCUACGAUAGCUCUGAGUUGGUGAAGAUGCAGGUGGCCUUUGUCCAUAGCUUGGUGUGGUUCAUCAUGCUACAGCUUCUGCUGGCCACAGUGUCCAGGGCAAUCACCUGGCCAUGCCAGGGUGCUGUAGAAGACACGCCGGAUGAUCAGCGGGAGCUUGACUUGAAGUGCUGGGCAGUGAUCUUAGGGCACAUUACCGGCUUCGCCUCCAUCAAUGCGUGGACGCAGUUGCAAGCCUAUUGUGGGGGCUCGGUGCUGAUUUUGCCACUAGCGUUCUUUUCGCUCUGGGGCCUCUUCAAAGUGACGGACAUAGUCCGCGAGUGGGUAGCACUUGUCGACGAUGGCGUCAAGGAUAAGAUGGAAGAGGCCUGGGAUGAGGCCACUGAGGAGACUGAAGACGAUGUCAUGGCCCUCACGCUUUCCUUCUUGGUGGUGCAGACCAUGCGCUUUUGGAUCUAUGGGGUCUUGCCGGAUGAAGAAGGGAAUCUGGAAGUGAACCUUCACGCAAGCUUCUCCCAGGCUUUCACAUCGCUGGGCAUAGGUCUGUCGAUUGCAAUUUUGUCGUACCUUCGGACCCUCUAUGGAACGAGUAAGCAUACUCGCUACAGCAUUUGGCUUCGCUUGAUCGCGGACUUCUCCUCAUGCUGGAUGGUCAUGUUCAGCAUCGACCGGAUCAUGACCCUUGGAUCCAUGGGUGGCGCCAAGUUUGGUGUUCUGGGCAAUGUAAUCACUGCCUGCUUCCUGACCUUCAUCUCCUUCACGGUCAUGUACUUCUUGGACAAGCAGGCAGAUGCUGAGGAGGAGAAGCACAGCGUGUCUGAAACCCCACAACACGAGAAGGAACUGCAUAGCAGGAGGAAGGUGGCAAUGAGAGCGACGGUCUUGGCCAUCGGCGUGCUGAUCGGCUUUGCCUGGGAGAAGUGCUUCGAUGUGGCCGUGGACGAGACCGCUGAGCGGGAAGCUGACAAGGUCCCACCAGCCUUAGUCAAAGUGGUUCUGGCCUUGAUGCUGGCCACCUUAGUAGUUCCGGCGUGGAGAUGGUACAUCCUACCAGUGGUCCGUGAGCUGGGUGGCUUCAGCGAGGAGGAGGCUGAGGAGGAAGAUGACGAGAGCAAAGAGGCAUAUAUCCCGCCGAUCCUACCAGAAGACCUGUACAAAGAGAUCGAGGUGUGGAAGAAGAAGGCUGCCCAGCUUCAAGAAGAGAAGGAGUCUCUUGAGCGUCAAUUGCGGCAGAUGCGCCCACAACACUAGGUAUGUGCCACUGGAUCGAUUCCAGGCCCUGAGCGUGAGAAGCGCUUUGCUGCGCAACCUCCAGUGCUUGGUCGGAA